UUUUUGACGCAGCAUAAGAAAAUAUUUAAAACCACUUUUUCUUUUCUUCUCCAAAACGCAUUUUACAAUUAAUCUGCUUAUCACAACUUCCUACAUCUUCAACUACAACACAAACUCGUAAAUUUCAACCACCACACCUUAACAAUGAUACUCAUAGGAUUCAUCAUCUUUACAGCUACACUCAUCACUGCCAUAAUCAUCAAACUCUGUUUUUCAGCAAUCAACGGUAGACGAAACAGGAAAACUGCGGUGGGUUUCUUCCAUCCAUACACCAACGACGGCGGCGGCGGAGAAAGAGUACUAUGGUGUGCUGUCAAAGCUAUCCAAGAAGAGAAUCCUGAUCUUCAAUGCCUUGUAUAUACUGGAGAUCACGAUGCUACACCUCAAUCGUUGUUGAAUCGUGCAAUUGAUCGUUUUGGUGUUAAGCUUCUAUCCCCUCCUAAGGUGGUGCAUUUGUACAAGAGGAAGUGGAUUGAAGAAACGACUUAUCCACACUUUACUAUGAUUGGUCAAAGUCUAGGCUCUAUGUAUCUUGGAUGGGAAGCUUUGUGCAAGUUCACCCCUUUAUAUUAUUUUGAUACAAGUGGUUAUGCUUUUACAUAUCCACUUGCUAGGUUGUUUGGAUGCAAAGUUAUUUGUUAUACACAUUACCCUACUAUCAGUUCUGACAUGCUAUCUCGCGUUCGCCAACGCAGCUUGAUGUAUAAUAAUGAUUCCUUGGUUGCCAAAAGUGUUUGGCUUUCUCGGUGCAAAAUAGUCUAUUACACAUUCUUCAGCUGGUUGUAUGGGAUUGUUGGAUCUUGUACACACCUAGCUAUGGUCAAUUCAUCUUGGACCAAAGCCCAUAUUGAAAAGCUUUGGGGAGUUCCAGAUCGGAUUAAGCGAGUUUAUCCUCCUUGUGACACUUCAGGACUUCAGGUGCUUCCUUUGGAAAGAUCAGCUGAAAUUCCUGUAAUAAUAUCUGUUGCACAAUUUCGACCAGAGAAGGCUCACAGUCUCCAACUUGAGGCCUUUUCACUUGCCAUUAAGAGAUUGGAGUCUGGCUUGCCGAAACCUAAACUCCAGUUUGUUGGUAGCUGUAGAAAUAAAUCAGAUGACGAAAGACUGCAAAGGUUAAAAGAGAAAGCAAUUGAGCUGAAUGUGAUUGAACAAGUGGAAUUCCACAAGAAUGUAACAUACAGGGAUUUGGUGGGACUUUUAGGCGGCGCUGUUUCCGGUAUCCAUUCAAUGACAGAUGAGCAUUUUGGCAUUAGUGUUGUAGAAUAUAUGGCUGCUGGUGCCAUCCCAAUUGCUCAUAAUUCAGCCGGCCCAAAAAUGGACAUCGUAUUGGACGAAGAUGGACAGCAAACAGGGUUUCUUGCCUGCACUGUUGAAGAAUAUGCAGACUCCAUUUUUAAAGUCAUUAAGAUGUCAGAGACAGAAAGACUAAAGAUGGCUGCUGCUGCAAGAAAACGAGCAAGCAGGUUUUCUGAGCAGCGGUUUUGCGAUGAUUUCAAAGCCGCAGUGCGCCCUAUUAUCGGUGGUAUUUCUAGAUAAUGAUCUACCAACUAAUCUGCACGAUUGUAGGUUAAAAUGGAGAGUUUCUUCUGUGCCAGCCUAACCAUCUGAGAAUAUAAGCCAAGAAUUUUGUUACAGAAAAAUAGUUAAAUUUUUAUAUUGUCUCUCUUUUCUUAGUUAGGUUAUUUUCUAGUCCUUAUACCAAAUGGUAAAUGAUUACACGUGUACUUUACCAAAAAAAAAAUGAUUACACGUGUACAAAGGAUUUUUGGAAGUUGGAUUGUAAUAUAAGAAAAUAUUGAUCUA